AUGUCACGGCCUGCUCCACCCUUUUCGCCGCUCUCGAUGAGCAGCAACGAUUCCUCUUUUGUCGGUCGCUACGAAACUUUGGGAGGAACUCCAGGCGGCACCCCCAACGACGCUCCCUAUACUGGUGGCCCGUAUGGCGCUGCGCGACCCGCGCAAGCCUCUCCUCCCGCAUCGCAACACCCCAGCAGUUCCACGGAUAUGUCGCGGCCUUCCGUAGGCGGCAGCAGCGUCAAUGGCAAUCGCCCACCAUCAUCGGCCAGCUCAGUCGGUAUGUCCAGCGAUGGACGAAUGGGAAUGGGCAGACCGCCGCCUGGCGACCGCGAUAGCUCAAGAAGUCACUUCAAAGACGAAAGUGAAGCCGCACUGUCGAGGCAUUACACCGCGCUCAAGAGCUAUCUCCAAGUACACCUGCAAGAUGAGAAGGGGAACAUCAAGCCGAAUAGAGCUCGGGACAAGCUGCUGCGACUGUCCGUCACACAGUUCAUGGAGCUGAGCACUGAUGUGUACGACGAGUUAAUACGAAGAGAAGACGAACGGAUGCAGCGCGUGGAGAAUGUCCCUCGCUUUCUCCUACCCAAGCAGAACUUCCACCCGAAGCGAAACCAGGCGCGACAGAAGCUCUCGACCCUCCCCAUCGAACGGUUCAGACAACUGGCGACUGAUGUGUUCUAUGAACUGGAGCGAAGAAUACCCAGAAUCAUAGCUGGCGACAUGGGCCGACCAAGAAGCACAACGAGCAAUGCCAGCGGCCGAAGUCGAGCGCCCAGCCGCGGUGGUAUGCGCCCACCGCCAGGUCCAGGCUACGGUUAUCCACCUGGCCCUCCCGGUCCUGGUCGCGGACGAGGCUAUCCACCCGGUCCGUACGGUCCAGGACCUGGCAUGCCGCCCGGAUCGAGAAGACCAAGUGAGGCUGGAUCGUUGGGGCGACCUCUACCGAAGCAUCUCCAGAGCAACACAAUCGUCCCGAACAAAGGCACCAUGGUUGAGGACGAUGAAAUGGAUGACGACGAGGAUGCGUUCGGGCUUGAUCAUGUCGGUACUGGACUCAGCGCAAGACCCAGCAUGAGUGCCGAGGGCAGCGCCGAAGACAAAGAAAAGAUCCAGGCGCAAGAAACCGAACUCGCCGAGUUGAAAGAGAAGCUGGAGGCGAAGGAAGCUGCGGAAAAUGAAUGGACUUCGCUGAGAGAAGAGCUGGAACAGAAGCAUCUCGAUGCGCAGACCUUGAACGAGAACCUCCAACAGGAACUGGCCGCUUUCCAAGCCAAGUCGAGGGAUGAGGAUGAGAUUCGGGAACAGCACGAUCACAACAUCCAAGCAUUGCGAGAUCAGCUGGAAGACUUGCACGCGGAGAAUGAGGACCUUCGCGGACAGUCUUCAAAUGCAGGCGAUCUCAAACUUCUGCACGCCCAACUCGAAACCCACCAAGCCGAGAACGAAGGUUUGAAGCGUCAACUGCAAAACCAAGCCACCCCUGCCGAGUUCGAGCAGCGAAUACAAGAACUCGAAGCUCAGCUCGAAAAACAGCAGAUGAUCUCUCAGCAAGUACAGGAACAAGCUACAACCUAUCUACGGGAGAUGCGAGACCUCAGUCAACAGAACGACCAGGCCAUUGAACAAGAAGAGAAGAUGGCCGCCAAGAUCUCGCAGCUGGAGAAGGAGAACGACCAGUGGCGACAGCGAUAUGCCAAAGUCAAGGCGCAGAACAAGUCACUUCGCGCUUCUACCAUGGGUCUGGGUCUCCAGACUGGCUUUGACUCGGGCAGUCUGGUGCGACAGGAAGGACUCAUCUCUGAAGGUGGUCUGGUGCGAGAUACCGAUGUCACUCGAUUCCAGCUGGCCGUGGACGAGUUGCUCAAGGUCGCCAGACAGACAAGCACAGAUGCCAUGCUCGAGAGCGUCAAGAGCGUGGCCAUCAGUGUUCAGUCCAUUACCUCUGCCGUACGCACCGAAGGCUACCCAACGCCGUCACCAUCGCCGCUCAGCCCAGAGACCAACAUGCAGCAAGCGCCGAGCGUCAACAAGAUCAAGGCGAGAGUCAAUGGUACUGCCAACAGCCUCAUCACCGCAACUAAACAGCAUGCUGCCUCGCAUGGUUUGUCGCCGGUCGCUUUACUCGACGCUGCUGCCAGCAAUCUUACUGCUGCCGUCGUCGAAUUGGUCAAGGCGGUUCACAUUCGACCAUCGAACAAGGCGGACUUUCAAGACCUCGAUGGCGUGGACGAGCUGAACUCGUUCUACGACGACACAACCUCGCCAUCAACCUCGACCAACCCCAACGGCCUGCAAAUACCUGUCCCAACCUUCAAUGCACCAGUCCCUCCGCCUGCUGCAGAGUCCAAGGCCGUCGAUCCUGCGACACUUCCAGUCCGCAAGGCAUCGAUGAAAAAGCCGAAUGGCGGCUGGUUCGGCUGGGCAGGAAAGUGGAACGACGACGGUGCAGAAGCAGCGCCAGCAGCGGCGGCACCACCUGUGACGAAUGGUCACCCACAACAGCAACAUCUGGACGACAGCGAUGGCGAGUAUGACCCCUACCGAUAG